AUGAAGCCACUACUCAAAACAGUGGUGGCGAUAAGCCUGCUGCUAGCAAUCCACGCACACCCAGAGAACAUAGAGGAUGUCAAAGAGCUACCACAAAUCAAAGAGCCAAUUGUCGAGGCUGAAGAAUCAGAACCACAGACGAGGGUAGAACGCUGUACGUCAUGCGGCACGCUCAACAUAAAAUCACCCAAAGAAGUGCUAGCAGCGCUGCAAGCGUUACCCGGCGCUGAAGUUCAUACCCAACAGUCUUACGAAGGUUGCUCGUCAGAUAAAGGAUGCGCUGGUGUAAAAAUCAAGGAUGGCCAAGUCAUCCAACGAUACGGAAACUCCAACUCCUUCAAAGCAGCUGAAGCCGCUGAUAUCAACAAUGAAUUCAAUUUUAUAACAGCCGCAACGCUCGCCGCUAAUCCCUUCUGGUGGAUGAACCAAGAGGGCCCGUUCAAAAACGGCGGCAAUUUCGAGAAAUUCAGCAAAUCCAGCUUCGCUAGCAGCGUUGGAGGCGGCGCUGAUUUAAACGCACCUUUGAACCUAGCUGCUAAUCCAUUCUUGAACGGAGACUUCGCUAACAACUUUGCUGCUGUGAAACCAGCGACCAACAUUCAAUCAUCUUCAUUUGAGUCUUCAUACAGCUCAAAGGCAGAUCUCGAUUUGGCUAAGAACCCGUUCUUUAACGGUGGUUUUAAGGCUGGAGCUUUCGGCGCCGGCCAAAACGCUGGAUUCGCAGGCUCUGCCGACUUUGCCCAAAGUGGAUUGUCUGGUUUUGGUCAAAGCGCGCUCGGAGCUCAGGGAUCAAGUUUCGGUGCUCAGAGCAACUUCGCAUCAAACGUCGGUUCAGGUUAUACUGGAUCUACGCCAAGACCUUUCAGCACGGUUGGCUCAAACGUGAACUUGGUGCAAACGGCGCAAAAGGCAUCCGAAUUCGACUUUGCCCAGCAGACGCAGCAGAACAUUGACGAGCUGUUCGCUGGCAGCGGUAACGUGGAGACAUCUGGUGGUGAAUUGCAGCAGACUUGUGCUGGUCAGGGCUACGUGUGUGUCCCGAGGGCGCAGUGUAACAACGGCGUUGUGAACAGCAACGGCGCUGGCAUCCUUCAAGCAAGCACUAAGAAACAGUACUGUAAUUUGAACACUGAGAUCUGUUGCCGACUUGAAGUAGCAUCGAUCAACAGCCAAGCCACCCUCGGCGGUCAGAACCUCUUCCAGUCAUCCUACAACAAGGGCAUAGGAGCGCCCACCAUCGCCGCUAUCCCAACGUUGGUCCCAAUCCCCGUCACCCCCAUCAUCCCCAACUUAAUCGAAACAGAUACCUUCUCCGCUGGCAGUGAAACAGCUGGCGUCUACCGUCCUGGUGCUGUCGGUCUCAAACCUGGUAUCCCCUACCUCCCCCCAGUAGACAGCACCAACCUACCCAGCAACAUUAUCCCCGCUACUUUCCCACCGCCGAUUAUAACCACCAUCAGACCAAUCACGCCCAAGCCGUUCGUGCCAAUAACUUCGACAGCUGCGCCAGGAUACUUACCUCCUAUUGGGGAGCAAACGAUAAACAGAGAGACGAUAGUUCCACCGAAUCCAGACUAUAUCGAAGGCUCGCUCAUUCUUGAUGAGAAUAGAAAUCCGAGGCCGAAGCCGACGCCUCGCCCAGUCCCUGUGUCACCAAGUGACAUUCCUGCUGGUUGUGCGGCCGCUCUGAAAUGUACACCAAUUGAAUUCUGCACAGCUGAUGGUAUUAUAUCCAACACUUCCGUCAUCCUCACAAGGGACCAAGACGCAUACAGGGUACCACUUACUGAUUGCCGUGACUUGGAGACAGGACGCAUUGGUAAAUGUUGUCGUGACCCGUACUAUACCGACCCAUGGCCAACAAACCAAUUGGGCAAAUGGGUCCCCGGUGUCUUCGGUGGAAAUGACGGCAAAUACGUCCCAGACAGCCGCGGCAGCGCUAACAACGUCAGACCUGUAACUCCACCAACUACUGGAUCCGUAAUUUUUGGUAACUUCAGAACCACGCCCAAACCUACUUUACCAACCGGCUUCGGAAGCAGUCCAGCAUCAAGAUUCCCCACCACUGUAACUCCAAUCGUAACCCGACCAUCCCCUGGAAUUGGCCAAUUCACUAAGGGUGGUCAGGGUCAAUUCACCAAGGGCGGACAGGGUCAAUUUACUAAGGGCGGACAAGGUCAGUAUGGCCUCGGUGGCCGAGGACAAUUUGGACUCGGAGGACGAGGACAGACUGGACUAGUUGGUCAAAGCCAGUUCUCUCAAGUAGGAAAAGGUCAAGUCGGUCUAGGAACUCAGGGGCAAUACGGACGCGGACAGAUUGGUCUGGUGGGACUCGGCGAAGGCACGCAGCUGGGCGUCUCACAGCUCGGUGUAGCCGGACAAGGACAGUACGGCCAAGUAGGAAGAGGUCAAGUGGGUAUCGGCAGUCAAAGCCAGUUCGGAAGAGGACAAGUCGGUGUCGUAGGACUGGGUGAAGCCACUCAAUUAGGCGUAGGACAAAUCGGUUCAAUCGGACAGGCUCAAUACGGUCAAGUAGGAAGAGGACAAAUCGGUAUAGGAGGUCAAGGACAGUACGGUCAGAUUGGGAGAGGACAGAUCGGUGUAGUCGGUCUAGGCGAAGCCACGCAAUUAGGAGUAGGACAAAUUGGUGUAGCCGGACAAGGUGUCAACACUCAAUUGGGCGUAGGACAAAUAGGCGUCGCUGGACAAGGCCAAUACUCCCAAGCCGGUAGGGGAGUCGGCUUAGGCCAAGUAGGCGUGGGACAAACUCAACUGGGCUUAGGACAAGUCGGAAGGGGGCAAGUCGGGAUCGUCGGACAAGGACAAAACACUCAGCUGGGUUCGGGUCAAAUAGGUAGAGUCCCGAUAGGAAUCGGUCAAACUAACCUAGUGGGUCUAGGACAACAGGGAUCAGUUGGCGUGGGCCAAGUAGGCGUCGCUGGUCAGGGACAAUACUCACAAGUAGGAAGAGGACAAGUCUUAGGAGUAGGACAAAUUCCGCUCGGAACCGGCGUUGUGGGCACUCAGCUAGGCAAUGGUCAAAUCGGCGUAGUCGAUCAGGGCGAAUAUACUCAGCUAGGCAAUGGUCAGAUCGGCGUAGUAGGACAGGGACAGUACUCGCAAGUCGGGAGAGGACAACUCGGCAUCGGCGGAGCUGGUCAACUUGGCGCUGGAUCGCAAGUGGCUAACGCAUUCACCAGGGGCCAAGGUCAAAUCGGAUUGCAAGGUGGCCAAGGACAAAUAGGUGGCCAAGGACUGAUUGGUACAAACGGACAAGGGUUAUUAGUAUCCCAGGGACAAGGAGAACUAGUGUCACAAGGCGAAGGACAACUUAUCAGUCAAGGACAGGGACAGUUUGGUAUUGGUGGACAAGGACAAUACGGAAUCGGUGGCUUAGGACAAUAUGAAGUACAGCGACAGGGUCAACAAGGCAUAAUCGACCAAGCUAGUGGUCUCUCGAAAGCCUCCGGCCAGCUAAUAUCCCAAGGACAAGGUCAAAAGAUCUCCCAGGAGAAAGGCCAAGCCAUCUCCCAGGGUAAAGGACAGAUUAUUACUCAAGGAAAAGGUCAAUAUGUAACCAGUGGCCAAGGAACGAUAGUGAGCCAAGGAGGCGGAGCUUACGUUGAGCAGGGAGAAGGCCAAGCGGUAUCCCAAGGAUUUGGAUCUGGCGUGAGACAAGGCCAAGGCUACUCUGUAUCUCAGGGUGGUGGUCUUGGUGUCGAGAAUGAAUAUGGGGAGUCGGUUCAGAGGGUGUUCUUGCAGCGGUACAACGGUGCCAGCCAUUGUGGUAUACCUAAUCCCCAAAGGCCAUACGGAAACAAGAAUGACUUAGAAGUGGACUUUGCCGAAAUUCCUUGGCAAGCCAUGGUCUUGCUCCAGACUAACAGGAGUCUGCUGUGUGGUGGUGUCAUCACCAGACCAGAUGUCGUUAUCACUUCAGCUGCGUGUGUUGAUGGCCUCGAAGCUAAGAACGUCCUAAUCAAAGGUGGAGAGUGGAAAUUAGGAAUUGAUGAUGAACCUCUUCCCUUCCAAAUCGUUCAAGUCAAACACAUCCUUCGUCAUCCGCUGUACAAAUCUGGAAGCCUCCUCUACGAUGCUGCGGUCCUGGUACUCUCCGAAAACUUGAGGUUGUCCAAGAACAUCUAUCCCAUAUGUCUGCCAAGUUCCUCUGACUCUGUGGACGCUUACUACAACGGCGUUGGCGAGUGCGUUGUCACUGGUUGGGGCAAAAUUGUUUUACAAGCUCACUUGGAAGGCGCCAUAAUGCACAGCAUGAACGUGUCUUUGAUCAACCCUGGAGAAUGUCGCGCUAAGUUAUCUUCAGACUACCCUCAUCUUUUGGAACAGUACAGCGAGGAUAGCUGCGUCUGUGGGCAGCCCACCAACCCGCUAAAUAACAUUUGCAAGGUCGAUAUUGGAAGUGCUCUCGCCUGUACAACUGGAAAUGGACGUUAUGUGAUGCAGGGCAUCUACUCUUGGGACUCAGGAUGCCAAGUCGGAAACCAGGUUGCAUCAUUCUUCAAGUUCGACCUGGAAUGGUAUGAGUGGUCCAUCGGUCUGAUUGAGAGCGUUCGCUUUGCACAAUUUACAACAAUCACCACUGGAAAGAUCACCGGCCAACUUAACGGAAUCGGUAUCAAGCAGUUCGGAAGUGGAGUUAAAACUGGCCAAUACGGUUCUGGAGUCAAGACCCAAUUCGGCAGCGCAAAUGGACAAGCCGGUGUCGGUUUCUCAGGUGUCAAAGGUUACUCCGUCUCUGGCCAGGGACAAUACGGCUUCGAAGGCGCCGGCCAAGCCCAGAACCAAGGCCAAUUCUCCACUGGACAACUCAGCCAGUUUGCAUCAGGCAAAUUCGGUACCGGCUUCGAAUCCGGCUUCAACACGCAAAUCAAAUCUCCGAUCACCAGCAACGCGUACAGCGCCACCUACUCCGAGAAGAAGGUCUUCCAGACCGAACCCAAAAUUAUUACGUACACGACCAAACCGGAGAUCGUCACCUUCACGACCAAACCGGAGAUAUUCACAUUCACGACCAAACCGAAGAUAAUAACUUACACGACAAAGCCGAAAAUCGUGACAUACACGACCAAACCAAAAAUUAUUACGUAUACGACUAAACCACAGAUUAUCACCUACGAGACUUCAGGCAGUGGGACUAACCCACAGUAUGUAGCACCCGGUGUUACGUUUAAUCCGAGCUUUUCUGAUCUAAUCGGACACAAGCAUGACGCGCAGUGUAAGUGUCUUGACAAAUAA